UGGAGGUGGAUAAUCUCACAACUCUCAACUUCACUGUCCCAAAGAGCAAGACAGACACUGGGGUACUCUUCUCUGAAAUUGAGAACUUGAAAGCCACCAUCUUCAGUGCAAUAAUUCAACACAAACUAACCAAAGAUUCAUUUCCCCUGCCUGCUGAGAGUUUUACAGAUUCUCCAUUGAUGGAUCUUGAAGGGUGGGAAAUCUUACCAGACUAUGGAUUUCUUGAAAUCCAUGAUGUUGAUGGAGGAGGAGGCAAGAAAAUCUUCUCCACAGAAUGUUACACUGACUCCAUCAACAUCAACCAUGAACUGCUCACUCUCCCAGUUGAUGAUCAUGGUGUUGAGUCUCCAGUGGUAUAUGAUCAGGCAGAGCAAGAAGUGUCUCAGGUUUUCUUCAAGAAGAUGGAGGCUGAAUUCGCGGGCACUGCAAAAAUAGAGUCACCAAGAUCAAACAGCAAGUCCUUUGUGCCCAAGAUUGAGGUAGGAGAAGCUUACAGAAGGAAGGCCAUGGAAGGUGAUCAGAUGGAUGGUGGUGUUCAUCAACAGAAUGGAGGAGUCAAGAUAUGGAGGUGGAGCUUGAAUGGAAUUGGAGCUGUUUGUUCCUUUGGGGUAGCUGCAGCUGCUGCUGCCACUCUCUGCAUAAUUUUCAUUGGAAAUUCCCAGAAGCACAGGCACCAGAAUCACAAACUCUGUUUCCAGAUCUGCACUGAUGACAAGAGAAUCAAGAAAGCAGUUAACCCUGCACCCAAGUUGGAUGAAGCAAAUUGAGGGAAAACAGGACUUUUCACUGUUCAUCAGGUCUUGUGAAUCCUUAUUUUCCAAUUAUGCUAUCUCAGUGUUUCAUAAGAUCCCCCAAUGUAAAUAUGUAGAGAAACAUUUUAAAACUGCUUCUACCUGGAAUGUAAAUAUCCUUCAUAUUUUGCAGAAAUUGAAUAUUGAAAAUACUUUUCAAUA